GUGCCCUCUUGCUUUCCGUAGCUUGAGCCGGCUACGUUGGCAACAUGGCGUCUUCAGAUGUCCACGUCCGAAUAUGUGAACAAGAAAUACUCAAAUAUGACUUGGAAAUCAAAGCUCUCAUCCAGGAUAUUAACGAGUGCACCGGCCCUCCAAACAAGCUGACAGAACUGAACGCAGAGGUGAAAAAGAGUUUCCAUAACCUCAGAUUGCGGAUUCAGGAUUUAGACCAGAUGGCGAUGGAGCAGGACAAAGAAUCAGACAAGCAAACCUUGAUCAGUCAGGUAGAAGGACACAGAAAACAGAUGCUGAGUAACCAGACAGCUUGGAGGAAAGCCAACCUGGCCAGCAAACUGUCCAUUGACAAUAUGGAAAAGCAGGCGCUUCUCAGUGGAUCAGAUAGUGCUGCGAGACAGCGGAAGAUGACCAAAGAGGGGCUGGCCCAGACAACCAGCGACAUUACAGAGAAUCUGAUGAGCAUCAGCCGGAUGAUGGCGCAGCAGGUUCAGCAGAGCGAGGAAACCAUGACAUCGCUCGCGACCUCGUCGAGGACGAUCCAAGAGACCAACGAGGAGUUUAAGACCAUGACGGGGACCAUCCAGCUCGGGAGGAAACUCAUCACCAAGUACAACCGCAGGGAGCUCACUGAUAAGCUGCUCAUCUUCCUGGCGUUGGCCCUCUUCCUCGCUACGGUUCUGUACAUCCUUAAAAAGAGGCUGUUCCCCUUCUUGUAGACCAGGUUCCUUAGAGGAGGCUCCACCAUAACCACAUACAGCACUUUCCCAUAGUCAGCACAAAUGAUUUAAACAACUCUGAAUGCCGCGUGUCACAUUACACACACAUUACACACCAGCGUCUGCUCAGUGGAAUGUGGACUGGCUAAACUGUGCCGCUGCUGAGGGGGAAAUAUCGUCCAUACACACCUAUAGAUCCAUGCAGGAAAUGAUAUAUUCUUCUUAAAGGGGAUGUAUUUGUUGGUGGCACAAAUUGCGUCACAAAAUUAUCUUCAGUUAAUGUGACAGUAAUGCUGUGCAUUGCUUUUUAUAAAGUCAGAUUUAAGAGGACAUGUACGACCCGUAUUCUUGUUUUCUUCUUUACAUUCCUGUUAAAUAUCCAGUACUGAAUUUACAUAUUUAUCAAAUGUGUGUAGUUAAUAUUCUCACAGAUUAAAGUAUAGAAAUUGAAUUUCAACUAUCAGACACCCAAAAUAUUUGCUUUAUCCGUUGCUAAGAAUGCAAAUAAUUUGCUUAUAGAUGUAAAACUAAUUUUUAAGUAUGACAGUCACUGACAUCUUUUAUCAGAAGUCACUUUUAAGAAAAACUGACUGAAAGAAUUCUGAUCUUCACAAAACAAGUGCCACUGUUCAUUUCAGCUCAGCAAGCUUUUAUUGGCAUAAAUGUCAUGAGAACAAUAUUAAGGACGUGUAUGUUUGGACACAAUGUCAGGACUCUACUUCAUAUAUUCCUCAGCAGCUUAUCUUUCAACAGAACCAUAAUAGUUUUGACUAUAACGUCUGUUGUUAUCUGAUAUCUUGAAGACUGUGUGCAAACGACGUAGAAGCAUUUCGUGCAAUUGUUAUUUAUAAUUACGUACUGUAUAAUUACUGUAAUUUAUUACUGCAUAAUAAUGAGUUAAUGCUAUUUUUUGUGGGGGAAUGGAACUAUUGAAAUGCCUUACUUACUAACUUACUAACCGCACUCGCUCGCUUUGUGUGUGUCACUCGCUGGAUAAUCAGAACACUACAGUAUAUUUGCACUUCAAAAUGUCCCUAUAUUUUAUUCAGUUGGCAUGCAAGCUGAAAAAGUACUUUUUCCAAAGUGAGUGUGCACACUCUCCUCGGUCUCUGCCCGUGUUAGCUCGGCUCUGGUCUGCAGCAGAGCAGAAAAAGCUCAGAAAAGCAGUGGCAGUGAUCACACUGGCAGAGAUAGAACAGCAUGCAUCUCUGCCUUUCUUCAGAUAAGACCCGGAAAAGCAGAUUAUUCCGACCCGUUUCCCUCUCCCUUUCCAGUGUGGGUGGAGGGUGAGGGGGGAUAUUUUUAGGUUUGUGUGGCUUUGUUAUCUGACGUUGCCUUUUCAACACCUCGGAGGAGAGGGUGGCCAGAGGGGCUACAUGACCUUGCUACCCUUUCUGCAAUUGCCUGGCAUUGCUAUUCUGUUAACUAUGUAAAUGUUGUCAGUGUUGAUUAUACAUAAAUAAGCCUUCUGGCUUGAUGUUUGAAA